GCCGCGGCAGCAGCGGCAGUCCCCGGAGUCCUGUGAAGGGCCCCUGCCCGCGCCGCCGUGGGCCCCUCAGAGAGGGCACCCGGCACGCGAGCCGCUGAGCAACCGCUCCCCUAGCGCUGCAGCCCUUCGCACUCUCGGUCCCAUCCUCGCGCUCCUGCUCCGGCUCCUCCAUCUUGGCCCCGGCAGUGGCGGCUGCCGGGAGGAUGUGCCGCCUUCUGGCAGGGGGAAGAAGGAGGAGAAGAUGAAGAAGUACCGGCGGGCCUUGGCCCUCGUCUCCUGCCUCUCGCUGUGCUCUCUGGUCUGGCUUCCCAGUUGGCAUGUAUGUUGUAAAGAGAGUUCUUCAGCUUCAUCAUAUUACUCUCAAGAUGAGAAUUGUGCACUAGAAAAUGAAGAUGUACAAUUCCAGAAAAAGGAUGAAAGAGAGGGACCUAUCAAUGCCGAAUUAUCAGGAAAAGUGGGUUCAAACUUACCUAUUCCUCCAGAGCAACGUAAAUUAGAAGAUGACUACAUUGUGGAUGUACAGAAUACAGAGUCAGAAAAGUUAAGUCCAUCUGUGAUUGAGACACUCCCUACAGCUGAUCUUCAUGAAGAUUCUUCCGGUGUAGUUGUGGGCAGUGAAAACAUUGAAAAUAUUUCCAGCUCAUCUACCUCAGAGAUCACUCCAGUCUCAAAGCUUGAUGAAACAGAAAAAUCUGGUACUGUUCCUAUAGCCAAGCCACGUGAAACUGAGCAACCUGAAACUGAUUGUGAUGUUGGUGAGGCCCUUGAUACAAAUGCUGCGGUUGACCAGCCUUCCUUUGUCAGCCCACCUGAAAGCCUUGUUGGCCAGCAUAUAGAAAAUGUGUCAUCUUCACAUGGCAAAGGAAAGAUAACAAAAUCAGAAUUUGAAUCAAAAGUUUCAGCAAGUGAUCAGGGUGAUGGUGAUUCAAAAUCUGUAUUGAAUGCUUCAGAUAAUUUAAAAAAUGAGAGUUCUGAUUAUACAAAACCAGGAGAAAUUGACCCUACAUCUGUAACAAGUCCCAAAGACCCAGAAGAUAUACCAACAUUUGAUGAAUGGAAGAAGAAAGUUAUGGAAGUAGAAAAAGAAAAAAGUUUAUCUGCAGGUCAGUCAAUGCAUCCAUCUUCUAAUGGAGGUUUACAUGCCACGAAAAAGGUCCAGAAAAAUCGAAAUAAUUAUGCCUCAGUAGAAUGUGGGGCCAAAAUUUUGGCAGCUAAUCCAGAAGCCAAGAGCACAUCUGCUAUUCUUAUAGAAAAUAUGGAUCUUUAUAUGUUGAAUCCUUGCAGCACUAAAAUUUGGUUUGUUAUUGAACUUUGUGAACCAAUUCAAGUAAAGCAGCUUGAUAUUGCAAAUUAUGAAUUAUUUUCUUCUACUCCUAAAGACUUUCUGGUUUCUAUCAGUGACAGAUAUCCUACAAAUAAGUGGAUUAAGCUGGGUACUUUUCAUGGUAGAGAUGAGAGGAAUGUCCAGAGUUUCCCUUUAGAUGAACAGAUGUAUGCAAAAUAUGUGAAGAUGUUCAUCAAGUACAUAAAGGUGGAGUUGGUAUCACAUUUUGGAUCAGAGCACUUUUGUCCAUUAAGCCUUAUAAGGGUAUUUGGCACUAGCAUGGUGGAAGAAUAUGAAGAGAUUGCUGAUUCCCAGUAUCAGUCAGAACGUCAAGAAUUAUUUGAUGAGGACUAUGAUUAUCCACUGGAUUAUAAUACUGGGGAGGACAAAUCCUCAAAAAAUCUUCUUGGCUCUGCUACAAAUGCCAUUCUAAAUAUGGUGAAUAUUGCUGCUAAUAUUCUGGGAGCAAAAACUGAAGACCUGACAGAAGGAAAUAAAAGUAUUUCUGAGAAUGCCACUGCCACAACUGCAUCUAAAAUGCCUGAAUCAGCUCCUGUUCCAACUCCUGUGCCAUCACCUGAGUUUGUAACCACUGAAGGAAACGUACAUGACACAGAACCAUCAUCACCAGAUACUCCAAAAGAGGGUCCUAUUGUACAACUAGUUCAAGAGGAAGAAGAGGAAGCAAGUCCAUCUACAGUGACCCUUUUGGGUAGCGGUGAACAGGAAGAUGAAUCAUCACCCUGGUUUGAGUCAGAGACGCAAAUAUUUUGUAGUGAACUGACCACAAUUUGUUGUAUUUCUAGUUUUGCAGAAUACAUAUAUAAAUGGUGUUCAGUUAGAAUUACUCUUUAUCGGCAACGCAGCAGAACUGAUGUGAGUAAAGAAAAAGAUUAUCUUGUGUCAGCUCAACCAUCAUUACUACUUCUUGCAGAAUCAGUAGAUGUUUCAGUAUUGCAACCUCCGAGUGGAGAAUUGGACAGUAAAAGUAAGGAAAAGGAAGCUGAAACUAUUGUUCUGGGUGACUUAAGUAGUAUGCACCAAGGUGAUUUGAUUAAUCACACUGUGGGUGCAAUUGAACUUGAACCGAGCCAUCCUCAAACUCUUUCUCAGUCUGUUCUCUUAGAUGUUACUCCUGAAAUCAAUUCAUUAUCUAAAAUAGAAGUAUCUGAGCCUAUUAAAUAUGAGGCAGGACAUACACCAUCACAAGUGAUUCCCCAAGAGAGUUCUGAUGAGGUUGAUAAUAAAACAGACAAGAAGGCUGAGAGUUUUAGCUCUGUAGAGAAGCCAACUGUGAUCUAUGAAACAAAUAAAGUUAAUGAAGUAAUGGAUAAUAUUGUAAAAGAAGACUUAAACUCCAUGCAAAUUAUCACAAAGCUAACUGAAACAAUAGUGCCACCUUUAAACACAGCCACUGUGCCAGACAGUGAAGAUGGGGAAGCCAAAAUGAACAUAGCUGACACACCAAAGCAAAUUUUGACUCCUGUGGUGGAUUCUUCUUCAUUACCUGAAGUAAAAGAGGAAGAACAGUCUCCAGAAGAUGCCCUUUUGAGGGGGUUACAGAGGACAGCUACAGAUUUUUAUGCUGAAUUACAAAAUUCUACAGAUCUAGGCUAUGCUAAUGGAAAUCUUGUACAUGGAUCAAAUCAAAAGGAGUCAGUAUUUAUGAGACUUAAUAAUCGCAUUAAAGCCUUAGAAGUUAACAUGUCUCUCAGUGGUCGCUAUCUGGAGGAGCUUAGCCAAAGGUACCGAAAACAAAUGGAAGAAAUGCAAAAGGCUUUCAAUAAAACAAUAGUAAAACUUCAGAAUACUUCAAGAAUAGCAGAGGAGCAGGAUCAGCGGCAAACUGAAGCCAUCCAGUUACUACAGGCACAACUGACCAACAUGACACAGCUUGUUUCAAACUUAUCAGCAACAGUAGCAGAACUAAAACGUGAGGUUUCAGAUCGACAAAGCUAUCUGGUCAUAUCUUUGGUUCUUUGUGUUGUCUUGGGACUGAUGCUUUGCAUGCAGCGUUGUCGAAAUACCUCUCCAUUUGAUGGCGAUUAUAUUUCAAAACUUCCUAAAAGUAAUCAGUAUCCAAGCCCUAAAAGGUGUUUCUCUUCCUAUGAUGAUAUGAAUUUGAAAAGGAGAACUUCAUUCCCACUCAUCAGAUCCAAGUCUCUACAGUUAACUGGAAAAGAAGUAGACCCAAAUGAUUUGUACAUCGUAGAACCCCUCAAGUUCUCUCCAGAAAAAAAGAAGAAACGCUGCAAGUACAAAACUGAAAAAAUUGAGACCAUAAAGCCAGCAGAUCCAUUGCACCCUAUAGCCAAUGGAGACAUAAAAGGAAGGAAGCCCUUUACGAACCAGAGAGAUUUUUCUAAUAUGGGAGAAGUUUAUCACUCUUCUUAUAAGGGUCCUCCAUCUGAAGGAAGUUCAGAAACUUCAUCACAGUCAGAAGAGUCUUAUUUUUGUGGCAUUUCAGCUUGCACAAGUCUGUGCAAUGGACAGUCUCAAAAGACAAAAACUGAGAAGAGGGCUUUAAAACGACGGCGAUCUAAAGUCCAAGACCAAGGGAAAUUGAUAAAAACUCUAAUACAGACUAAAUCAGGAUCAUUGCCGAGCCUGCAUGACAUAAUCAAAGGAAACAAAGAGAUCACCGUGGGAACAUUUGGCGUUACAGCGGUCUCGGGACAUAUCUGAAAUUAAUCAAACUUUUCAUACUGGGGACUUUUUUGUUUUCUCUGAAGAACAGUCUGUGGUAUUUGAAGGGUUUUGGGGAGGGAGAAAUAUCAAUGGGAAAAGUAUUCAGAAAUUAUGGUUUCUGCCUUUUUAAAAAGUAGGUGGGAUUGUGUCAAUCUUGGUUAAUGAGUUGCAGUUUUACAAGGCUGAUCACUUCCUACAAGGACAAUGGUAGAUAUUUUAUAAAGAUGUUUUUCACAGGUUAAUUACUGGGACAAAAGUAAUUUGGAAGCCCAGUUCCUUGGGUGGGAUAGGAAUGAAAGCCUAAACCUCUUCCUUUAGCUUUGUUCCUAUUUCUUGCACCUUCCCAUAUUUAUGUGCCUUUUGUCUAUUUAUAAUGCCACUGGAAGAGGAAGGAGAACUUGUUCUGUCAUUUGAUUUCUUUUAUAACUUUGUUAGUUUUUGAAGCUGCAAACACUACAAGGGUUUAAGGUGAUCUGCGCCUGAAGUUCAGUGAUGUGGGUCAGACAGUAUAAGGGUCCUGAAGACUUGCCCACUAGACCUCUGUUUAGCAAACUCACUUGAAACAAACACUUGCUGGAAUUUUUAAAUCUAUUCUUUUAGGUAAAUGGUGAUACUGUUAAUGUUAUUUUCAUUCAACUUAUUCACACUAGUUUUCUUUAGUUACUAAAUGAGAAAAAAAACUACAGGAUCUUUUCUUGCAGAUGACUGGAUUUACAAAUAAAUUUUUGAUAAAUUCACCUUUUAAACACAUUUAAUCACUUGGAAAGGUUUUCUUUAACUACAUUACAUUUUAAACAUUCAUAAUAAGCACUAAUCCUCCAGACUUUUAGAUCAUUGUUUUCUGUCACUAUAAAUAGAAAAUUUGAAGGUUUGUCAAAUGAGUCCAGGUCUCAUAUGGUAUAACCACUGCCUACGGACAUAUGCACAGAACCAGCUAGUGAGUUUGUCAGGCCUUGUCUAAUUGGUCAAGUCUAAAGGGAUGAUUAUUCCUCGAUGUUCGCUUUGUAUGGCUACAAAUGUGCAGAGGUAUACAUGUGUGAUGUCAAUGUGUCUGUCUUCAUUUUGUCCUUUUUUUCUUUAAAAAUAAUUGGCAGCGACUAUGUUUGAAUAAAAUGAUUUCUUAGUA